UGACCCCCAUGAUAAAAUGAGUGCUUACUCCUGAUAGAGGACUUCUUUCGUCGGCGAAGUAGUACUUUUAAAUCUUUAGCUAUCUCAAGUGAAAUGAGAUAAACGUUUUACUGAAAUUUAGAGAUUAGCCUUGCUGGACCAUUUUAAAGAACACGUGUAGGAUUUGUUUUUAGCAUUAUUGCUAUCUGCUAGCCAUAAAAAAACAACAACAGCGACAGCAUCGCGCUGUAAUCGGAUGACGGCGAGCAUCUUGUUUGGCUGCUGUUUGGGAAUAACAUCUUCUGCAAAGAGAGGAUUUUAAGUCAGCUGUUCGUAUGAAAGUUAAGUGCUGACUCUGAGUUGAAUUAUGUCCACGUUGUCUUUGGAUAAAGAACUGCAAGAGCGCUUAAGAGAGGCGAGUGCUAUUGGAGACCUUGACGAAGUGCGGACUUUAGUCGAGAGCGGAGUGAACAUCAACUCACAAAAUGAAAUCAACGGAUGGACAUGUUUACACUGGGCCUGCAAGAGAAACCACAAACACGUAGUGGCAUAUCUUCUGAAUGCUGGAGCCGACAAAGAAAUUCUCACUGCUAAAGAGGAGUUGGCUGUGCAGUUGACCUCCAAACCCGAGAUCAGAAGACUACUCGGAGUGGAGGAAGAGGAGAUUGAACCUGAAAUAAAGGAAGCAGAGCUGCCGAUUAUUCCAAACUAUAUGACUAACCCACCCUUCUUGUAUUGCAAGAAGGAUAAGAGCGACCUGAGUAUAGCACGACACGUUUCCCAGAAUGGCACCAGUGACCAUUUGGAUGAUGUGGUCUCAGGCCCGGCCACAUUAUCCCCCAUACAGGAACAGCAGCAGCGCUUGUACUCGGACAGCCAAAGCCAACCGGCCUUGUCCUACGUCUCCAUGGUAGAGCCGAGCAGCGUUGUGACAAACCAGGUGACUAAUGGGACUAUGUCCAUGGAGGUCUCCCCGGAAGUGCAUCACAGCAACCACAAUGAUUACGUUCACAAUCACAGCAUUGCGCCGAACAGCCCUGUUUGUCCCCAGCUCCCUUCAGCAAGCACAGGCUCCAAUCCCACCAUUACCCGGCAACAGUCUGUGACUCAUCAGCUGAACGGCUCUCAGCCCGGUGGCUCUAUGCCUGCCUUCCAGCCCUUCUUCUUCACCAGCACCUUCCCUGUAAACGUACGGGAACUUGUUCUGAAGGUGCGCAUCCAGAACCCACAUGCUAGAGAAAACGAUUUCAUCGAGGUUGAGCUGGACAGACAGGAGCUGACGUACCGGGCUUUGCUACGGGUCUGCUGCCGUGAGCUGGACAUUAGUGCUGAACAUGUAGAGAAAAUCCGCAAGCUCCCCAACACUAUGCUCAGAAAGGACAAAGAUGUGGCUCGGCUUCAGGACUUCCAGGAACUGGAGGUGGUGUUGGAGAAGGCGGAGAGCUUGUCUUUGUUUUCUGGCCCAGGAGGGCUGAACGACAGGCCUUGCUAUAACAUGAAGGCCUCGAGGCUCACCUACUAGCUCCUGCCUCCAGCGCCAGCACAGGGUGGAUUGACUCACUACCCCGUCUGGGACUGUAGUUCCAAAUGCCUAAAUUCCAUACCUAGAUCCAUACCAACACAUCAGAUGCCAUUCUUCCAUUAUCUUUCUCUGUCCUUAUAUAAUGUUAGUCAUAUACCUUUUCUCCCAAGCCCAUUGUAUUAACCCUUGCAUGGUCCCUACAGUCAUCUGCAGAACGAUGUGAGGCCCACCUGUAAUCCUUGUUAGUUUUGUCACAAAUAUUUGGGUUUAAACAUCUUUUCACCAUGACAUCAUCUUUUAAGAGCCACCGUUUUUUGAAUAUUCAAACGUUUCUUGCCCGGCGUUGAGCCGUAUUUCCAAAUGUGUCACCUCCCACGCUGCUGACCUAUAUGAAGUUUUCAGAUCUGCCUUGCUGCUGUGUUUGCUUAUGAGGCCACUGUGUGGUUUUGAACACAGCUCACCGGGACAGUUGUGACUUGUACCAGCACUUCUCUUUGUCAGUUAUGGUCAUUACACACACACACACACACACAAACACACACACACGCACACACACACACGCGUGCAUUCCUUUCCCAUUAAUGCCUCUUUUAAUUUGCACUGGCAAAGCACACAGCAAAAUGAUCGCUCGAUCGCUAACAUUCUCUUUAAAGUGUGUUAGGUUUUUUUUAGUUCCACUUGGGAAAGCCUUUAUAGUUUCAUGUACUAGAAUACAGCAGCUUCAGGACUGAGAAAAGAGAAGUGUUUUUCAUGUUCGGUGUAUGUGUCUUUGCCAGAUAAUCCCCAGUGCACUUUAAAAAAAAAAAUACGACAAAUAGGAGGUCCUUAAACAUAUGGGGCGUUUCUAAUUUUAUUAUUAUUAUUAUUUUUAUUCUUUUUUUUUAAUUUAUCAAUGGUGUAUUUGCUGCUCCUUCAGUCACUCCAAACCAAAAACUAAAACUGUUGGUCUAACUAUCCUCAUGAUCUUGUAUCAAGGCCUAAUAAUCAUUUUCAUUCUGCACUGAAUAAUGUAGCAAGGACGGCUGUUAUUUAAUUUAUAUAUAUAAGGAAUGAAAGCUUCAAGAACAGGGUUUCAUGAACGUGAGCUUCCAUAACCACUUUAUACUUUGAGGUUUAAUAGUUCUAAUAAGAGGGACAAAGUUUUUCUAAUAGAUAUGUUUUCUCUGGACCUUAACGGAGCACAGAUUUUAUAUUUAGGAAGCAAGAUUCAUGGUGGAUUUGUCAGUUUAGCAGCAGUGCCGUUCAACAUUUCCAUAAAGGUCUAUAUUGCAAUUCUAUUUCCUGAGAUAAAUCUUGCAAUACUUUUUGUCAUUUUUAUCCAAAUAAAAUUUGUAUUUAGCCCAAGAGACACCUUACAUGGAGACAAGGGGAUGUUUCACUGUUUCACUCAGUAAGCAAGUGUAAAUGUAGGAUAUUCAACAGUAGGCAUAUCUGUAUAAAUGGAGAAGGCAUGGCUAUGUUAUUUUUUUGUUUGUUUAGUUUUAAAUACACUAAUUAGAAAAUCUUUUGAGUUUAGAAGUUUGUCUAACAAUGUCCUAAUAUAAGAACUUCAAAAAACUUAAAAUGCAGAAAAGGUUAACUUUUAAAUGAAGUCCCUCAAUAUAUUGUAUUGCUAUGUAGUAUGGAUUUAUUUUAGAUAUUAUUUUAGUCAUUUGACUGGAGGAAGGAGGAUAGCGAGCACACUACAGCUGAAAUGGAGCCAAGCAUUUGUCUGUCUGUCUGUCCGUGUGUCUGUGUAUCAGUUCUGUUCUGUAUCCUUGUGAAUUCAAAUGGUGUCUAUUCAAAGGGGUUGAAAGUUUGGUUGAGAAAGCUGCAAUGUUUCUGACUGAUGUCUGUGUACUAACUGGUCAUGUUUGGGAUGAUGAAUACAGUUUGACUUAACCUAUGCAUCUACA